AUGCCGACCACCCUGCGCACGCUCCACGUCGUUAAACUAGAGGAGCUGCCGCCUGACGCGCUGGUCAGCGGCAGCCAGGACAGCAGCAGCGAUCCAUCAGUUCAAUCAGCUUUUCCACAGGAGCAGCGUUUGCACGUCACCGAUCGUACUUCCAACAUCAGAUACCUCAUCGAUUAUGGAUCUGUGGUUUCAGUUGUACCUCGCACGCUGAUUAAACAGAAAACCACCCAAGCCGAAAUGACGCUAUACGCAGCAAACCAGACCAUCAUUCACACCUAUGGUAGAUAUAUAACUAAUCUGGACUUGGAGCUCAGACGCAAUUUCACCUGGCCAUUCAUCAUUGCGGUCGUACACACACCUAUAAUUGGAGCAGCCUUUUUAGCCGAAUUCCAGCUUCUUAUUGAUCUCAAACACAGAUGCCUUAUUGACUCGGUCACAGGACUGUCAACAACCGCGUGCCUAGCACAGGCGAAGCAAACAUCCGUUUCCGCUGUGCAGGGAAUUUAUAAAUUUCGAGAGCUUCUGCAAGAGUUUGUGGAAGUCACUAAACCGUCAUCGAAGCAUACAAAGCAACAUGAUGUACAACACCAUAUCGAAACAUAUGGGACCACCGUUUCUGACCGACCACGACGCUUAUCUGGAGAUAAACUUGCAACUGCGAAAAAGGAAAUCAACUUUCUAAUCGAGCAUAUGUCGUCCCUCAAAAAGUCCUUUGUCCAGCCCACUUCACAUGGCCACCAAAAAAGACGGUUUCUGGAGGGCAUGCGGCGAUUAUCGUAA